AUGGUAGUUAAGUUUGGUGUUGACUAUGAGACAAGCCCUUUGCCUACAAGGCAAGUUCAUUUGUAUUUGCUCCCUCGUAAUUUAAUUCCAGGAUGUGUACCUACACAUCAACGGAUUUAUUACUGUGACGGUGUUAAUGAUUUCAGACACAUGGUUGGUCCGAUCAAUGGAAUAUUCUUACUAGAGAAUGGACAUUUUCUGAAUGUUCGAUUUGCCUGGUGGAAUCCUGCGAUUAAACAGUGUAGGGUUGUUCCGAAGAUUGAAUUUGAUGUAGAAGAAAAUUUUGAGGACUGCAGCAGAUCACUUGGAAUAGGUUUUGACAGAACGAAUCAGGACUACAAGAUUAUCUAUUUUCGAACAUUUAGCAUUAAAUUUACAUCAGUUGUUUAUCCUAAGAUAUUUACUGCUCUGUACUCGACUAAAAAUGACUCGUGGAAGUUCUUGGAACCGAAUUUCUCUCAUGAAUCUCAAAUAUCUUUUUCGCAAAAUUUCACUUGCCAGAAUGGAGUUUAUUAUUGGCUGGCCAGCAGUAAUUGGAGUUGUGACAAAGAAAAUGUGUACAGUGUUUUGUCAUUUGAUUUUGAAACUGAACUUUUCAAGAUAAUGCCAGGGCCACCUAUUCCAGGUGAAUACUGGGCUAGAUUAGUGUUACGCGGUAGAUCAAUUGCAGUUAUGGCUAGUAAAGACGUGUCGAUAGCUAUGACAGCAGAAUAUGAUAUAUGGCAAAGGAUUGGAGAGAAUAAUUGGAUCAAAGUAUACACGGUGAAUCCUCCUAUACCCUAUCAUAUGCCUAAUGGGAUGUGGGAGUAUGAUAAGUAUGUUUACGAACUAACACAAAGUUACAGGUUGAUGUGGUAUGAUCAGAACGCUAAACAAGCUACGAGUCUUGGAUUUGAUUUUUUUAUACGUCUACUAUCUGGUUUUGCUUGGCCUUUAGAUUAUAAGGAGAGUUUAUUUCCAAUUCCAGUAAGGACAGAAAAUCCUACUGAGAAGGAUACUGCUGAAUAUUUCUUCAGAAAGUAUUAA